UGUGGAAGGCAGCAGGACCCCCGGGCUGGGAGGACGGGGCUCGGAGGGAGGACCUUGGGAAUCCUGAUGGGGACCCAGAGCCUCCAACUCUGCCAUAGGGUAAAAAACUCGAGUAUUAAUAUUUGCUAGAAAUGUUAGACAGAGAUGCUUCUCAAACAUUUUAUCAGACUUCUCCAUUAUCUGGGAACAAGAGGGAGGAGAAAAAAAAAAAAUACGAGGCUAUGCAUUGGCCGGGAAUCGAACCCGGGCCUCCCGCGUGGCAGGCGAGAAUUCUACCACUGAACCACCAAUGCAAUCAGCUACUAGCUUUUUAGGGACUCUACCUGAGCUUGGAAGAGGUGGAGGCGGCGGUGACCAGGCGGAAGGUGCCGGCCAGGGGCGCGGCGGAGGAGUGGCCGCGAGUAGCUGACGGGGGUGGAGCGCCAGGCCAGCCUUCCUCCCGCCCGGAUCCGGCCACCCGGCCAUAAAGUCGCCCCAUAUGGCCAGGGGCGGCCCCACACCCGGGUGCGAACAGCCCGGGGCCCCGAGCCUCGCGUGCAGGCACUUUAUCUGGAAGCCUCCGAGUGCUCACGCACCAUUCUGCAGAGGGUCGAGUUCUUGGUUUGAGAUGCUGAAGCCGCUGGUGGAGAAGCGGCGCCGGGACCGCAUCAACCGCAGCCUGGAAGAGCUCAGGCUGCUGCUGCUGGAGCGGACCCGGGACCAGAACCUCCGCAACCCGAAGCUGGAGAAAGCAGAGAUACUGGAGUUCGCCGUGGGCUACUUGAGGGAGCGAAGCCGGGUGGAGCCCCCGGGGGUCCCCCGGUCCCCAGCCCAGGACGCCGAGGCGCUCGCCAGCUGCUACUUGUCCGGCUUCCGCGAGUGCCUGCUUCGCCUGGCGGCCUUCGCGCACGACGCCAGCCCGGCCGCCCGCGCCCAGCUCUUCUCCGCGCUGCAUGGCUACCUGCGCCCCAAGCCGCCCCGGCCGGAACCGGUAGAUCCGAGGCCCCAAGCGCCGCGCCCACCGCUGGAUCCCGCCGCCCCGGCGCCCGGCCCCGCGCUGCACCAGCGCCCCGCAGUGCACCAGGGCCCCCGUAGCCCGCGCUGCGCCUGGUCCCCGUCCCCCUGCUCGCCCCGCGCUGGGGAUUGCGGCGCGCCGGCGCCCCUCACCGGACUGCUGCCGCCGCCGCCGCCUCACAGACAAGACGGGGCGCCCAAGGCCCCGCCGCCCCCGCCGCCCGCUUUCUGGAGACCUUGGCCCUGAGCUUUGGGGGGUGGGGUGGGGGCGGGGGCUGGGGGUGAGGUAGAGACUCCAGCCCGAGGGCAGCAGAGGGACCCGGGCGUCGGGGCGAGCAGGUGUUGGGGAGGGCGGCGGGGCGCGCGGGCGCAGCGCGCGGGUGAGAUGUGGUCUAUAUUAGAGUAUCUAUAUAAAUAUAUAUUUCCCCGGUUCCUGUCCCUUUUCCCUGCCCCCCCUUGCGUCUAGGAUUGUACCCUCUCUGCCCCCGGCCCAGCCCCAGUCCCUUCCCGAGUCCCUAGUGCAUGGAAUAAAGUGGUUAUUAAA